CUUUCCCAAUGGGACAGCGGUGAGCUUCUCUCUCUCUCUCAUUUGCCUCCUUCUAUUUGUUCCGUCCGCAUUCCGUCCGACUUUGGGAGGAAAAAGUACUCGAAGUGAGAUUAAGAAAAAAGACAUUUUUAAAAAAGAAAGAAGGUGAAACCAUGUGUUGUACGGGGAAGUGUGCCCGCCUGGUGGGUCUGAUCCUGCUGCCCACGGCGUUCAUCUGCAUGAUCGCCAACCUGCUGCUGUUCUUCCCCAAUGGGGAGAGUCUGGAUAACGAUCAGAUCUCCCUCCAGGUCUGGCUCAUGGGGGGGCUCAUCGGAGGAGGCCUCUUCAUGCUGUGCCCGAGCUGCUCGGCUAUCAGGGCCGGGGGCAAGGGUUGCUGCGGAAAUGGUUGCUGUGGCAACCGCUGCCGGAUGCUGAACUCUGUGUUCUCCUCUGCGUUCGGCCUGGUUGGAGCGAUCUACUGCACCAGCGUGUCCUCUGCUGGUCUGGCUAUCGGACCCAAGUGUAUGGUGGCCGGUGGCGCAUGGAAAUACCCCUUUGAGAACCUCGGCACCGGCAAUGCCAGCUACCUUGUAAACCAGACCCUGUGGACAAUAUGCGAGUAUCCGCUCAACGCGGUGAUGUGGCACGUGGUGCUGUUCUCCAUCCUGCUGGGCGUGGGGGUGGUGCAGCUGGUGCUCUGCGGCCUCCAGGUGGUCAACGGCUGCCUGGGAUGCAUCUGUGGGGACUGUCGCGAAAGCAAAGAUGAUGACGGUGGCUUGUGAAAGGGAAGAAGAUGACCUGCCUGUAACCCGCCGUCGUACGGCCGGGACGCAUUUCUACAUUUAAUUAUUUGAGAUGGGGUUUUCUUUUGUGAAUCAAGUCUGUGUCUUAUGGCUAUUUUGUAUUAAUGUCAAAACCCUCACUCCAUUUUGUUUGAAUUGUAUUCUAGCUGGUGGUUUCCGUGAAUUGCCUCGCCUUUUUCUGGUUGAACAUAUAAUUGAAGUCAUUUAUAAGUAAUUUCAGAACUGAAGAUCCCACAUGGAACAUAUUGAUCAAAGUAUAAUUGUAAAUAAUUAUUCGCCUUUCUCAAAUGUGCCUCUACUUGGGCUGUGCUGCAUAUCAGGUGAACGUGACAUCAGUCAUCUGUGAAUAUCAACAUAAAUAAGCUUAUUCUCCUGAUCCGUUUUUAUUUGAGCUUUGCUUCCCUCCCCAAAAACCCUCUAAUAAAUACAGAACCCUGUGCACCAAC